GUGAUAGCAGCUUGCUGCUAUCACCGGUGAAACAGGGCCCUAGAAUACAGGGAAUAGCAAUAGCUGAGGAUUGCCACUAAUUUUUGCACAGCUUCAAGUUUCAACUGGUGCCCAGUGCUGAUGCCUAAGCAAUUGUAGAGCGAUUUUGUGAUGUUUCUUUUUCUCAUUUUGACAUCAACAUCUGGAAAUCCUUGAAGGCUGAGGGGCAAGCAUUUAAAUGUCAGUGGGUAUUUAUUUACUUUAGGUCCGCAAAACAGAGGGGUAAAUAAAAGUCAUUCACACGAUACUCUAAGACCUCCUGAUUUCAUUUCUGAUACUUAUUCCUUCUAGAAACCAAUUUAAAAGCACCAGUACACUAGUAUCACCAGUGUCACCACCAACGGCCCCGCCUCCGACCGGAACUCACGUGUCAAAAGACUGUCUGCGCGGCGCACCCGCUACAAAUGGUCCAACCAAGGUUGAGCGAAAUUACGGAUGAUAAUAAAUUGUAAGGAAAGUGACGUCAAAAUAAUCGUGGCGGAGCGGUGCAGUGCCGAAGGCAAUGCCUUAGGAGAGAUUACAGGCAAUGGCUCACAACAUGGAAAAAGCAGAGUGCACCCUUGACCUGAUGCAGCCCGAGGUGAUGUCAGUUGAAGUGCUUCGGCAGACCCUUUCACAGCGCCUGGCGUCGACGGACGUGUCCGAGGCGCCCAAGGCAGCUCUGGUGGAGCUGUGGCACCGGCUGGUGACGCCGCUGCCACAGCGGGUGUACCGAGACACCCGCGCCGGCCGCUGGUACGCCGCCCGACAGCGCCGGCCGCGCGCCGCCCCGCCCGAGGAGAGGGACUGGGAGGAGCUCAGUCCGGCUGCGCCGGGCAGUUGUCCCAAGCCCGCUACUUCCACCGCCGCUGCCUGCCGCGUGUCGGCACCUGGCGGAUCGACCGCUGCGCCGCCUGGCGUCAGUCGACUGAAACCUCCACCGGCGGCCGCUGUCACCGGAGAGAAGCGCAUCAUCCGCCUGGGCGGCGCGGGCGGGGGCGGGGGCGGCACGAAGAGGUCCUCAGAGGGCAGUCUGGACCGAGUGGUCAUCAAACGUCGCUCUAGCACCGGUGAGUCGCCUCAGGCUGCGCCCACGGCGGCGGCUGCGCCGCUUACAGUCAGCGCCGGCGGCGACACGGUCCCGUCCCCGGCGGCAGUACCCCCUAAACCACCCACGGCGCCAGCGCCCGCCGAGCCAGACCCACCGGCGACAGAACACAACGGCCACGAUGACGCGGCCAGUCUCGACUGCGACAUCAAGGCCAAGCUGAAGCUGGAGAAGCGGAAGAUCAAGAUCCGGCGGAAGUCGUCUGCGCUGGAGCCGGAGCCGAAGCGUGUGGCAGUUGACCCGUGAGUGCGGCUGUGGAAGGGGGUAAGGGAGAGGAAAGGGGCUGGUGGGAGGGCGCUGUUGGCAUGACGAUGGAGUCGCUAUGAGAUCUGUUGUCUUUUUAUGUAGGUGAUUUGUUGAGGUGGCAAUAUACUUUUUACAUAAUGUAACUCAGAAACAA